GAAGUCUAAGAAUGUCUGCCAUUAGCCUUAACUGCCGAUUUGUGUAAGUGCUCUUCUGGUUUUUUUCACAUUUUCAAUUUUAGGAAAAUUGUAUUUUUAACACAAAGUGAUUUUGGCACCUGCAGAAAGUAGCCACCAAUUUGUGCUUCAUGCCAAGCAGUCUGAAGCCAUGUCCGGUGAUCAGAAAGUGCUGUUAAAAGGGCAUUCGUCUCAGUAUGUCAAGCUGAAUGUUGGUGGUCGCUUAUAUUAUACUACAAUCGGAACACUGACGAAGCAUAAUGAUACAAUGCUAAGCGCUAUGUUUAGUGGUCGCAUGGAGGUGCUAACUGAUUCAGAAGGUUGGAUACUAAUAGAUCGCUGUGGAAACCAUUUUGGAAUCAUACUCAACUUCUUGCGCGAUGGCAGUGUCCCAUUACCCGAAACUAACAAAGAAAUAGCUGAGCUACUUGCAGAAUCAAAAUACUACUGCAUUACCGAGCUUGCAUUGUCAUGUGAACGGGCACUAUAUGCACACAUUGAGCCAAAACCUAUUUGCCGCAUUCCAUUGAUAACUUCGCAAAAAGAGCAACAUCUUCUAAUCAGUGCGUCUUCGAAACCGGCUGUUAUUUCAGUGAUGCAGCGACAAAACAACAAGUAUUCAUACACAAGCACAUCCGAUGACAAUUUAUUAAAAAAUAUUGAACUUUUCGACAAGCUCUCUCUGCGUUUCAACGAACGCAUUUUAUUCAUCAAAGAUGUUAUAGGACCAAGUGAAAUAUGUUGCUGGUCCUUUUAUGGGCACGGAAAAAAGGUUGCUGAAGUGUGUUGUACUUCUAUAGUUUAUGCAACUGAUCGAAAACAUACUAAAGUGGAAUUUCCUGAGGCACGUAUUUACGAAGAAACACUUAAAGUGUUGCUAUACGAGAAUCGAAACGCCCCUGACCAAGAUCUAAUGCAGGCCGCAUCUUCUGUACGUGUGGGGGUGUUAGCGGAACAAGCAUGCAUCAGUAUACAAGCGACGAAGAGGAAGAGCGAACUGGACUAGCGCGGUUGCGAUCAAACAAACGGAACAACCCCACAUGACACGCAUAGGUUU